UUGCGUAGUCUUGCCACGGCUCUCGCUGUCUGCCUGUCUCUCUCUAUGGACGGCCGGAGGGGGAGAAGGGGAAACUGGGAUUGUCGUCGUCGGGACCGCGGCGCCCUGGCGAUGAUUUGAUCACGGAAAACCGGGGUGCGGGGGGAAAAAGGAGAGGGAGAAAGACGACGGGAGCGCGAGAGGAGAGAGAGGAGCAGCAGCCUCGGCCGUUGGAGAUGUACGGUCGGCCCGAGAUUGCGGCGGUAGGUAUCCCUGUCUAGGCCUGGACUGAGCAGAUUGUUCUGAGAGGAAACGGAUAACAAACAGGGGAAGUGAACAUGGCAGGGACCUCGGGCUUCUUUUCCAACGGGCCUGUUCCGUGGAUGGACAACGAUGCGGAGAUGAAUAACCUGUACCGAGACCUGGAGCUGGGGACAGUACUGACACUGUUUUAUUCAAAGAAGUCCCAGCGGCCAGAGAGAAGGACAUUUCAAGUCAAGCUGGAGACCAGGACUAUUAUCUGGACUCGGGGCACGGACAAAAUAGAGGGAGAGAUUGACAUCCGAGAGAUCAAGGAGAUCAGGCCUGGACAGAAGUCCCGGGACUUUGAGCGUUAUGUGGAGGACUCAGCAGCGCGGCUUGACCAAGCUCACUGCUUUGUCAUUCUGUAUGGCACCGAGUUUCGCCUUAAAUCACUCAGCCUGGCAGCAACAUCUGAUGAGGAGAUGACCAUGUGGGUGAAGGGGUUAAACUGGCUUGUCGCUGACACGCUGAAGUCACCGACACCUCUUCAGAUAGAGAGGUGGUUACGCAAGCAGUUCUAUGCGGUUGAUCGUAACACAGAUGACAGGAUAUCCUGUAAGGAUCUGAAGAGCAUGCUGAGCCAGGUCAACUACAGGGUGCCCAACAUGAGGUUCCUCCGAGAGAAACUUCCGGACUCAGAGAUGAGAAAUGGAGACGUGUCUUUCAGUCAGUUUGCCCAGCUCUAUCGCAGCCUCAUGUUUGAUGCUCAGAAAAACAUGGAGAUCCCAUUUCUACAAAGGUUCACUGACAGACCAGAACAGAGGAUCUCCCUAGAGGACUUCAAGAGUUUCCUCCUGGAGUCUCAAAAGGAAAUGUGGGCUACAGACAACAACAAGGUUCAGGAGUUUAUGUUCGGCUACCUGAAAGACCCCCUGAGAGAAGUGGAGCAGCCUUAUUUCCACCAAGACGAGUUCCUGACGUACGUUUUCUCCAAAGAGAACACCAUCUGGGAUUCCACCCUGGACCAAGUGUGUCCUGAGAAUAUGAACAACCCCUUGUCCCACUACUGGAUCUCCUCUUCGCACAACACCUACCUGACGGGAGACCAGUUUUCCAGUGAGUCGUCCCUGGAGGCGUAUGCUCGCUGUCUGAGGAUGGGCUGCCGCUGUAUUGAAUUGGACUGCUGGGAUGGUCCUGACGGAAUGCCAGUCAUCUACCACGGACACACUCUCACAACAAAAAUCAAGUUCUGUGAUGUACUGACCACCAUCAAAGAGCAUGCCUUUGUCACAUCCGACUAUCCCAUCAUCCUGUCCAUCGAGGACCACUGCAGUAUUGUCCAGCAGAGGAAUAUGGCCACUUACUUUAAGAAGGUGUUUGGAGACAUGCUGCUGACCAAGGCGGUGGAUAUCGCAGCAGACGGCCUUCCCUCACCCAACCAGCUCAAGAGGAAAAUCCUCAUCAAGCAUAAGAAGCUUGCAGAAGGCAGUGCCUAUGAAGAGGUGUCCACCUCCACUCCCUACUCAGAGAAUGAUAUCAGCAACUCCAUCAAAAAUGGCAUCCUUUACCUGGAAGACCCCAUUAAUCAUGAGUGGUACCCUCAUUUCUUUGUCCUGACCAGCAGUAAGAUCUACUACUCAGAAGAGACCUCCAAUAACCAGGGUAACGACGAUGAGGAGGAGCACAGAGAGGUGUCCAAUGGUAUGGACCAGCACGUGACAGAGAAAUGGUUCCACGGGAAGCUGGGUGCAGGGCGGGACGGGCGGCAGAUAGCCGAGAGGCUGCUGUCUGAGUACUGUCUGGAGACCGGAGCUCCUGAUGGCUCCUUCCUGGUCCGAGAGAGCGAGACCUUUGUGGGAGACUACACGCUGUCAUUCUGGCGUUCAGGGCGGGUGCAGCACUGUCGUAUCCACUCUCGUCAGGAGGCAGGCAGCCCCAAGUUCUACCUGACUGACAACCUAGUGUUCGACACGCUCUUUGCCCUGAUCACCCACUACCAGCAGGUGGCACUCCGCUGCAAUGAGUUUGAGAUGAAGCUGACCGAGCCAGUGCCUCAGACCAAUGCCCACGAAAGCAAAGAGUGGUACCACGCCAACCUCUCCAGGAGCCAUGCUGAGAACAUGUUGAUGAGGGUUCCUCGUGACGGGGCUUUCCUUGUCAGGAAGAGGGCAGAACCCAACUCCUUUGCCAUUUCCUUCAGGGCUGAGGGCAAGAUAAAGCACUGUCGUGUGCAGCAGGAGGGGCAGACCGUGGUGCUGGGCACCUCAGAGUUUGACAGCCUAGUAGAUCUCAUCAGCUACUAUGAGAAGCACCCUCUGUACCGCAAAAUGAAGUUGCGUUACCCCAUCAAUGAGGACACACUGGAGAAGAUAGGCACUGCUGAGCCAGACUACGGGUCGCUGUACGAGGGCAGGAAUCCAGGAUUUUAUGUGGAGGCCAACCAAAUGCCAACUUUCAAGUGCACGGUGAGAGCCAUGUACGAGUAUAAAGCGCAGAGAGACGAUGAGCUCUCCUUCACCAAGAACGCCAUAAUCUCUAAUGUGGACAAACAGGAAGGAGGAUGGUGGAAGGGUGACUGUGGAGGGAAAAAACAGCUGUGGUUUCCUGCCAACUACGUGGAGGAGAUCAGUCCAUCAGCGGCAGAGCCUGACAGAACUGAGAUGACAGAGAACAGCCCUCUGGGAGAUCUGCUUAGAGGAAGUGUGGACGUGUCUUCCUGUCAGAUUGUUGUGCGUCAAGAUGGGAAGGGUAGCAGGCCCCACGUCUUCUCCCUUGUGCCAAAUACUUCCAUGCGGACAGGCCCAGUGCUGGACGUCGCUGCCAGCAGCCAAGAAGAGCUCAAGGAAUGGGUGUUCAAGAUCCGUGAGGUCACCGUGACCUCAGAGGCCAAGCUGGAAGAGGGGAAGAUGAUGGAGAGGAGGAAGAAGAUUGCACUGGAAUUAUCCGAGCUGGUCAUCUACUGUAGGCCUGUGCCAUUUGAUGAAGAUAAGAUUGGCACAGAGCGGGCCUGUUUCCGGGACAUGUCAUCCUUCCCCGAGACCAAGGCAGAGAAGUACGUCAACAAGAUCAAGGGAAAGAAGUUCCUGCAGUACAAUCGGCUACAGCUGUCCAGGAUCUACCCCAGAGGCCAGAGACUAGACUCCUCUAACUAUGACCCACUGCCGAUGUGGCUCUGUGGGUCCCAGCUGGUUGCACUCAAUUUCCAGACAGCAGACAAGCCCAUGCAGAUGAACCAGGCCCUGUUCAUGUUGAACGGAAGGAGCGGCUACGUCCUUCAGCCGCCCAUCAUGAGGGACGAUAACUUUGAUCCAUUUGACAGACAUACACUACGAGGCCUUGAACAAAUCUCUCUAGAGAUAGAGGUUUUGGGCGCCCGCCACCUGCCCAAGCAUGGACGUGGCAUAGUUUGUCCUCUGAUCGAGAUCGAGGUGUGCGGGGCAGAGUACGACAGUGCCAAGCAAAAAACAGACUCAGAAGCUGACAACGGUCUGAACCCCACGUGGCCCCGGAAGCCAUUCCAUUUCACAGUCUGCAACUCUGCGUUUGCCUUCCUACGCUUUGUGGUUUAUGAGAUUGACAUGUUCAAUGACCAAAAUUUCUUGGCUCAGGCCACAUUCCCCAUUCAUGGUCUCAAGACAGGUUACCGGUCAGUACCUCUGAAGAACAGCUACAACGAGGAUCUGGAGUUGGCGUCUCUGUUAGUCCACAUGGACAUCAUCAGAGGCAGGGAUGAAAACGGAGAAGUUCUGAGCCCGUUUCUUGCGGUCGGGGCCAUGUCAGUGUCAGCGUCUGCUCAAGCAGGGCGGGAACGUUUGGGGGAGUUAAGCUCGCCGUCUUCGACUUCCUCCAGCAUGUCUGCUCUGCCCCAGUCGCCGGCCCAGGCCAUUGCCUACAGGGGGAGGGAGGGCUCCUUUGAAUCCCGCUACCAGUCCCCUCUAGAUGACUUCAGGGUGUCCCAGGAGACACUGUUGGACCACAUGGACCCACAGAACAGAAGGAUGUUGCGGAGGACCAGAGUGGGCGGAGAGAACCGUGUCUAAGUCCAAGCCAAUCAGGACGCAUUUCUGUUGCACCCCGCCCCCCGCCCCCCCUCACCCAGUCGCCUCUCCCUGUACUGAUGAUGUCACUGACUGCUGUGAACACUGUUUCCAUGGAAACGCCCACCACCGCUUUGGCCUACAUUUCAGGCAGCUCUCCCUCCCUCAAUUCUCCAACACCCACCCCUCUCUCUCCCUCUCUCCCCUCCCUGCCGCCCAGCCUCCCCGCCACAAGCCUGACGAGAAGUAGGGACUCGGACAUAAGAGGAAGGGGGUGGGCGCCGAGAGGAAGAAGACCGCUGCGGACAGGAAGAAGAGACGGACAUUCAGGGGAGAACAAAAACCAGGCUGAACAAGUUCCCGCUCUGGACUGGUCGUUUUGCGCGGCGGGUUGUCCUCUCUUGUGUGUUAGGUGUGCACAACAGCUGCUUAGUUUGGAGGCUAAGAGGAGGGAAAGAGAGAGCUCUAAAAGAUAUGAGUUUGAAACUGUUUCCAGGUUAAGUUUCUUUGCGCUUCUCUAUUUGGCGUAUAUGAAUAUAUAUAUUUAUUCCUGCAAUGCUGUUGGCCAGAGAACAGCAGCAGCUGACCUGCUCUCAAAGAGCUCCUGUCUCCAUGUUUUUAAUUAUUAUAAUUAUUUAAACCUUUAAACAUUCAUAAUGUGAUUAUUUUUUUCCUUUUUUUUUUAAUGUAUAUGGUAUAUGUGUAAAACACGAGGGCUCUCUACGGCUAUUUUUAAUGUCUCUCUCUUCUCUGCUUUGUGGAGGAACGCGUCUCCUGUCUAACACCCUAAUCCUGGAGGGAUAUUUAAUUCUUUUUUUGGAGGCAUCAGGAAGAAGUCAUAACCUGUUUGUGUUGGAAGCAGUGCGAGAGAAGGCAGCAUCAUGUCAUGUCUGCACACACAAACACACACAGCCAGGCUUUUUUUUUUUCUUUUUUCUUUUUUAAUUUCUAACUUACAUUCCAGAAAACUGCACAUCAUUCCAUUUUCCUGCAUUGCAGGCGCCUUUACAAGCCAGUCUGACACAUUGAAACAUUUGUCUCCCUCACUGAAAGUCUUACUCAUCAGUGAUCAUGUCUUUAGCGAAUCGAACGCCUCACUGUGUGAUAAAGCGGGACCAGGGGUACAUGUUGACUCUAAGAGGGGUUGUGUUCUGAGUCUUGAAAGGUAAUUGUGCUCAAAACUGUCUUUUUUUGUUUUUGUUUUUUUCCUCACUUUCAGGUUUUUGCUUUUAGCAUCUUCCCCUACGUUUACGGGCGCUUGUUUUAAUGGCAGCGCAGUUGUUCAGUUGUUGUCAAUCAAGGGAUAGUUCACAGGGCUGCAAGCUAAAACAAUUCUGCUGGAUAAUGUGAUCAAUUUUUGGAAUACCGAAGUGGUUUGAGGAACACAAUUAUGUACUUGCAUUUUAAAACAUUUUUCAUUCGAAACGGAACAUGGUAAAUGUUUCAAUUUUGUCUGUAUACAUUGAAUGCUGUAAUUAUAGAAACUGGCGAUGGGGAUUGUAGUACAAUUACAUGUUUAACUGUGCAGUCCUGUGUUCCCAGGAUUUAUAUUUGAAUGUUUUGGAACUGUGGAUCUUUUUACCGACAUUUCAAGUCUUAAUACAAAAUGAUGGCCCAUUUAUUCAGUGUUUUAAUUUUUGUUGCCAGUGGCUGUAACUGUAACUGACACAACUCUGUCAGUCUUUUAAUUCAGUGUUUUUUAGAAGUAUGUUUUGGUACCAACAGACGUCUCCUCCGACGUGGUUUUGAGGUCCUAAGCAAAGGGGUUCUACUGCGACCAGCUUGUUGUAGUUUUAAUUUAACAUCUGUAAAAUAGGAGUUUCCCAUGUUUGAAUGAGAAAAGAAAUUCAGUAUUGUUGACAAAUGGUGAGAAAGUUAGAAGGUUUGCAUUGCCAGAGUAAGACAAAAAGAAAUCAUUCUAUAUUGUGCUGUUAUGUUCUGCAGCACCACACAGACAUAAGGGACCUUUUGUGUUUGUGCGGCCAUGAUGUUCUGGUGAGCUUUGUGAAAGCAUUAAGCUGCUUACCAGAAAACCUGUGGGGAUUUUAAGUCACACUGCCAUGAGAUACAGUUAAAAUGCCACUGCCCAUGAAUUUAUGCAUGAUGAAAUGUGCAAAAAUGGAGACUUUGUGUAAACAACCGGCUCAAAGUAAAUGCUACACCUCACAAUCCAUCUUUCCCAACUUUAGAUCCUCAUUCUGGCUUCUACUAAUACAUGUUAAUCUAACUUGGCAUUAAGACUUCUCUUGAGGUAAAUGUUGGUGCCCUUAAAUGUGCGGAGAGUUGUCAUUUCCUGCGCUUGUGGUGUGAGUGUCUGUUUGGGAGGAACGGGCCAAGUCUAAGCUUCAGCCCUUGUUGUAGAUUUGUUUCCAUGGCUGAUGUGUGACAAAGGUGCCUGGGGCGUAGAGUUCUGGGCCUUCAGUGGGCCCAUAUAACCGAUGGUGUUAUCUUUCCAGGUUUGUAUUAAACAGUGUUCUCUGUUUGUAUGUGAUGACUAUACGAUGUAAACUCAGUAUUCUUGCUCAGUGUUUGACCACUGAGAAACACCUAAGCCAUAUGGUAUGAUUUAAGGUAAAAGCAGGGACAGGAGUGAAUACUUGAGGUCUCACUGAAUAUUUUUGGCAUCUUUUUUGUGAUUGCAUGCCAAUAUUAAUCCCAAAGCUCCUCCAUAUUACAUUUGUUUUUCCUCCAGUGGUUGAUGAAUGGUCUUUGCGGAGAGCUCUCCCUCCAAUGCUGCAUUUCUCUUAUUGCUGACCUGUCUGCUAGCGUCUUUGUGCCUCCGUCUGCUUACACAUCACAUUAAAGCCACAUCAUUCACCUGCCCUGCUGGGCUUAAAGCACCUGCACAGCCAUGGUACACCCACACAGGUGUUGUCACUCAUUUUGACUGGUUGGACCUCCUCUCAGCACUGUGUGAGCACGGACCAUGGACCAUGUUUGAUUGACAUGUCCCUGACUCUCCUGUUUGGUUUGUUGUACUCUUUAUCGGGGGACAAUAAACUGUAAAGAGGUCAAAUCAAACAGAAUAACCAGGAAUACCUGUUGUUGGUGUACAGGGCCCUUACGUGUCAUUUGUUAUCGCCUUUUUUUUUUUUCCUCCAACCUCGUCUGUUUUGUUACUGACAGUCUCAUUUACAGUCGUCUUUCUGUAAUGUGCCUAAACUAUGGAGAGGAAAAGUAUUCAUUUUAAUUUUGCCUUUCAUAUGAAACAUAUUCAAGCCUGAAAAGUAAAUAAAAUACUUACUACUUUAUA